UGUUCUCCCAGAUUUGAACCUGAUAUGUUGGCAUUUUCUGGAUGCUACUAUGGUGGGGGUGAUGAAGAAAGAUAUGAACUUGGUCAAAUAAGGAAAAGAUGGGAGACCUUACCUGAGGCUAGCCCAGAUGAAGAGAGGAUGAGAGGGAAAUGCCCUUUGACACCACACGAAGUAGGUCUGAUGCUGCGAGCACUGGGAUUCAAAAACGACACUUACCUUUUUGUUGCAUCUGGAGAAAUAUAUGGUGGAGAAAAGACUCUGCAGCCCCUAAGAGAACUGUUUCCUAACUUUUAUUCCAAGGAGAUUCUUGCAGGUGAAGAACUAAAGCCUUUCCUUUCAUAUUCUUCCCGCAUGGCCGCAGUUGAUUACAUAGUGUGCGAGGAAAGUGAUGUCUUCGUCACUAACAAUAAUGGAAACAUGGCAAAGAUCCUUGCUGGUCGAAGGCGUUACAUGGGACACAAGAGAACCAUAAGGCCAAAUGCAAAAAGACUAAGUGCUCUAUUCAUGGAACGGGAGAGGAUGGGUUGGGACACUUUUGCCGCAAAGGUGAAGUCAUGCCAGCGGGGGUUCAUGGGAGAACCCGAUGAGAUGAAACCUGGGCGCGGGGAGUUUCAUGAAUAUCCCGCCUCCUGCAUAUGCCACAAACCCUUCUUCAAAUAUGACGUCAAUUCUAGCCUCGAGCAACACAACAGCGAUGUUCUCAGCAGCAUACAGAAACUCCAUGAAAGGGAAGUUAGAGCAGAAGCAAAAACAUCUGUACUGGAAGAUAGUAGCGACCAUUGGGAUGACCCCUCAUCUGACUGACUGCCAGCCAGCCAUUGAAUCAGUAUUAUCAUGGAAAGGAUCAUACUCCUCCACACAUGAAGACCUGUGCUUGUGCCCUUUUCACUGGCUCUGUUUGGAUGAAGGGUUCUCGAGGUUUGGAGAGCUUAGACUUAUAUCUUGAGUUUCUUUUAGAAAUUUAACAUAGCUUGCGAUUUGUAUAACUUCAAAUCACCUUUUCGUAGACUGAGCUGUAGAAAGUCUUUCGCUCUAAGCUCGUCCAAAACCCUUCAUUUGAACUGACCCUUGAAGUUUGUUGCUCGGAGACCCCAAAUUUUGUUCUCAGCACAUAUCCAAGUACUGUUCGGACCAGUCCACUUCUUAGAGUUGUCUGUUAUCUUUUAUAUUAUCCUUGGAUCAGUGUAUACACACAUACAUGCAUAUAUAUAAUAUACAUAUGUAUGUGUACGUAUAUAGCAUAAGAUUCCGAAUUACGAGGAUGAGCUGCAAAUUGUGCAUAAAUAUAAACUCCAUAAUUUGUAAAAUUAACAAGCAGUGGGAAGAGUAUUGGUUAUUGCUUUUUCUCUAUCUUGCUUUUUGAGACAUGAAGAGGACUACCACCAGUUCAUGGAUUGAGACAUUGAGUUAUUAUCUCACAUAUCUAACCUAGGAAUCUAGGAUUGAAAAAUCUAUUCGGUUGGAUUCAACCCGUAUCUUUGGCACAACUGUUAUGCAAGUACUCCC